CUUUGACGUAGAAAAUGAACUCGAGUGUGCUCCAGCAAACGGUCAUAGCAGACGACGCGUGGACAUGAAAUGCUAUCAUCAUCAUGCUUUUUGUGUUGAGCGCAUGAAACUAAAUACAUUCAGUUGUAUCGAUAAUUAAAUUCUAAUCUGAUAAUGAAGUGCGUUCCACACACCGCGAUUUUCUUACUUAUAGGCUCGUAACCAUAUUUUUAUUUAACCCAUGCAACGACAUCGCCAUCAUUCUUUCCUUCUUUCCUUCCUCUGUACAUGGCGGCGCGCACAGCGAACGUAAAUAUUGCAGCGUUGAACAUUGAAAAGUGGUGCUCUGUCCGCGGAGACAAUAUUGGGAUCUCCACCAUUUGACGGGACCCUUUGUUUCUUGCCGUUAGUGUCGAUUCUCCAAGCCAAUUGGAACCAAAGAACCCCGAGCAGAAGUUCUAGGAGGAAACCGAGACCCCCAUGCUUAGGGUGGCAACAGUUUGGCUUCUCUUUAACAGAAACCCGAAGAGACAGAGAUCUGCAUGUUUGGGACGUCAAGUUCCAGCCCUCUGGAUUUUCAACCCCGAGAGAUGGAGCUCUCCCUAAAGUUCGGUGGUCAACUCACAAAAGUAAAAUUGGAGCCUCUUGACGCUAGCCUACCAGAACUGGGCCAGCAACAGGAAUGCAACGACUCUUCAUCGGGAGACAACAACUAUGGGGCAACUCGAGGGAUGAUCCAAAUUAAAGAAGAACCUCGAGAGGAAUCUUCGGACGAACAUCAUAUCAUUGAAGUGAAGACAGAGCCUUACAACACUGCAAUUUUGGACCAGGUGGGACACAGCCAUGACUCAACGUCAGAAGGAGCGAAAGAAAGCAGUGGUGGGCUUCACGUUAAGGACGAGCUCAGAAGCAGUUGCGAUCACGCAUCUUCAGGUUGGACCUCUUCCAGUGCACAGUUUGAGACCAGCACAACAACAGUUGAACCGCUGUUCGAAAACGUUGCACUAGUCACUCUUGACGGUCGACCCACAGAGCAAUCUUCAGACCAGAGCGAGACCCAAGUGGCGGGCAAGUCAUCGACGUUCGGACAUGAGAAAGACAGGCUUUAUAAGUGCAGUGUUGGUUUGGCUACAUGCAUUGACACUGGGCUCUUGGAAGAUGAUCUCAAACCUCACAAAACAAAGACAUUUACCUCUGACAUGUGCUCCGCGGCAAUCAGUCAUGCAUCAACUCUGCAAGUCCAUGCAAAACAUUCCAUGGGAGUAAGCUUGCACAAAUCCAAGAUAUGUGCAUUUGCAUGCGCAUCGAGCGCAUCCAAGUGCAAUCUCACCCCUGCAGAGUCCAGCCACACUAUGUGCCUGCGGCAUCACAAGCAGACACACAUGGGCAAGAAGCGCUACAGGUGUGAUCUCUGUCCUGCAGAGUUCGGCCAUUACACGAGCCUGUGCCGUCACAAAAGAAAGCACACAAGCGUGAAACGUUACAAAUGCAAUCUGUGCCCUGCAGAGUUCAGCAACAGUGAGAAGCUGCAUGAUCACAAGAGAACACACACGAGUCAGAGGCCAUACAAGUGCAACCUCUGUCCUGCACAGUUUGGGCAUAGCACAAUCCUGAAAUGUCACAAGCAAAGACAUACAGGCGAGAAGCCCUAUAAGUGUGACCUCUGUUCUGCAGAAUUCAGCCUUAGCUCUAGCCUCUAUGACCACAGGGGGACGCACAGAGAUGUGAAGCCCAAUAAGUGCGAUCUUUGUCCCGCAGAGUUUAAGAAGAGGGACACCCUGCAGUGUCACAGGAGAUCACACACGGGAGAGAAGCCAUACAAGUGUGACGUCUGCAUUGCAGCGUUCAGCCGUAGCUCAAGCCUGUUGCGCCACAAGUGGACGCACAUGGGCAACAAGCCCCAUAAGUGCGACCUGUGUCCUGCAGAGUUCGGCAACAAGACGGGCCUACAGUGCCACAGGCGAACACACACGGGAGAGAAGCCAUACAAGUGCAAUGUCUGCCCUGCGGAGUUCAACCACAUUACGAGUCUGUCAUAUCACAAGCGAAAACACACAGGCGAGAAGCCCUAUAAGUGUGACAUCUGUACAGCAGAGUUUAGCCGUAGCUCGAUCCUAUUGAGUCACAAGCGGACACACACGGGAGAGAAGCCCCAUAGGUGCGAUCUCUGUACUGCAGAGUUCAGCAGUAGCGGAAACCUAUCACGCCACAGGCGGAUACACAUGGGCGAGAAGCCCUACAAGUGUGAUCUCUGUCCUGCAGAGUUCAUCGAGAGCACGAAGCUGCGGUAUCACAAGCGAAAACACACUGGCGAGGAGCCCUAUAAGUGCGACCUCUGUCCUGCAGAGUUCACCGGCAGCACGAAAUUGCGGUGUCACAAGCAGACACAUAUUAGCGAGGUGCACUGCUAGUGCGAUCGCUGUCCGACAGAAUUUAGCCACAGUCCAGACCUGGGGCAAUACAAGUGGACACACAUGGUCGAGAAGCCAUACAAGAGCAUUCUGUCUUGCGAACUUGAACCAGAGCACAGACGCCCAGUGAUACCAUAGGUGGACUUAUAUGGGUGUGAAGAGGUGGAGCCUCUGUCCUGCAGAGUUCAACCACAGCACACACAUACACACACAAGCCAGAGGACCAGCAGAGCAUGGACGUGUGGCUCCAUAAGUAGGCAUGACACACUUGGGAUAGAAACUGUGCAACUGCAGUCAACACGACCACAUGAAAGAGAGAAGGCAUCCAAGUGUCUGUUCUGUUGCAUGUCCUUAAACCUUUCGACCUAAAGGAGCACAUGGCAUGGCGCAGGGGGGAAAGGCUGUAGAGAUUCUAUCUGUAUGCCCAGCGUAUCUUAUUUUCUUUUGUUUGCUUCUCCUGAUUCUUCUCUUUGGAUGUUUCACUUGAGACUCGAGCACAUGAACAGACGGAGGUUGAUGGGAGUUGAAUUGGUGCUGGAUUGGGUGGUGAUGGAUGUGAAAUCUCAAACACCGUACCCAGUGCCAAGGAACAAACAAACAAACAUGGAAAGGACAUCACACAGGUGUGAAAUGCCAACCCAGCUUUAUAUCCUUUAUUUCCACGAGCAAAAUUCUUGUUCCCUUUUCAUUAUCCCUGUGACAGACACACCUUUUUUACUUAUUUUAUGGCCUCACUUUGCUAAACCAUUGAAAUAAAAGAGUAAUUUUGCAAAAUGUAACAACUUUUAACUAAAAUCCUGAGAAUUACCUUUUCGGUCGCGAUCAUCUGUUCUGGAAUGCAUUACAAUUUGUUAAUGACAUCACUAUAUAGUGAUCAUUGAGAGACGCUCGUGUAGGGGUACGAGAGAUCAAAACUUGCGAAAGACGAUGGCCCUGGGUGGCUAUGCUUCACUACCUGACGGCAUAUCAGCACACUUCCCCUGUUGUUGACCUCGGAAAGUGCAUGAUGUUUUUGUUGCCGAUGGGGGUAUAAUUCAUCAUAGAUGGGAUUCAGCUACUUCAACAUCUGGAUCACUUGAGAGGGAAGGAGGAGAACUGUUUGUGCUGUGUGUGAAGCACUUUCGCAUGCACACAAUAUUUAGUUGCAAGUUGUUGGAUCGUAUAGACAGGGUGUCUUUUUUCUUUUUUUUUUCAAUACAGUUUUCAUUAAAAAAAACUAAAGGCUAUAGACAU